CUAGACCAAACAAAAUUGGAUCGGACGAAUCAACUCAUCUAACCUAACUGUAGGCGCGGAGAAUAUAUUCCAAGUCACUCAAAUUUGUGUUGUCUUAAACCCAAAAUCUACAGCUCCCAACUCUGAAUUUUGAUCAAAGCAAAGGCUUUGGAUUAUAUUUGAUCAAUGGAGAAGAAAAAUGAGCUUGGAGGUUUGCUAGAUAUUCUUCCUCCUGUCGACUUCUGUUGCUCGUAUGGAUCAUCUCUCCUUCCUAACAACAAUGACAAGGGUUCAAUGGUAGACUACAUGAUAGGAGUGUCAGAUCCCUUGCAGUGGCAUAAUCAGAAUUUGAAAAUGAAUAGGAAUCACUAUGCCUCAUGGAUGAUGCAAUUUGGUGGACCAAAAGUGAUUACGGGAGUUGCUGAGAGUAUUGGAGUUGGAGUACACUUUAACCCAUAUGUCACUUGGGAAGACAGGAUGGUCAAGUACGGUGUUAUUCGAAUGCAUAACUUGGUACAGGAUCUUUUGAACUGGGAAAGCUUCUACUUAAGUGGGAGAUUGCAGAAACCGGUUCAUAUACUUGCAGACAGUAUAGACAUUGAAAAUCUGAACUUGAAUAAUCUGAGAGCCGCGACUUCUACUGCACUUCUUCUUUUGCCAUCAGAAUUUAGUGAGGAAGAUCUUUAUGCUAAAAUCUGUAGCCUCUCCUAUAUGGGUGAUUUGCGGAUGUUUUUUGCAGAGGACAAGAACAAGGUGAAAAGAAUUGUUCAAGGGCAAUUUGAUUUAUUUCAAAAGAGUUACAAGCCAUUUAUCGAUGAAUAUGCUGCCAAAGACUUGCUGAGAUUCUCAUCGUCCAGUGAUCCUAAAGUACAAAUAGCUCAGGACUGUGCUUUACCUGCAACCCGCUCUCUUGUUUCUUCUCUACCUUCAUCAGUCCGAAGCGGAAUGGGGAUGAGAUUAGGAGAUGAAGUAAAAGUCAGUGAAUCAGGUCGAGUGAUCCGUGAAGUUGUAAUCGGCUCAAGAGAAGAGACUGUAGAGUGUCUUCGAAAGGUGCUGAGGCGCAAAGUAAUGGUCUCAAGUGCAAGACAGGCUUUUGCUGGUUUAUUGUCUGCUGGUGCUGUCAACUCAGCUCAGUAUCUCACAAGAAAGAUGGGCAAAGCUUUGAAAUCCUGGAUGUGAAGCUUUUCUUCUACUGCUUUGUUCUACUUCACUGUGUUUCACCCUAAAUUAGGUUGCUGUAGUUGCCAGCGAUAUUUAAGAGUCUUUUAGCUGAUUUUGGCUUCCCUUUUAUGCUAGAUGUGUCGGAUGACACUUGAAAGGGCGUCAAUGCAAAACCUUAAUCAUUAACUUUGAAUUCUUACAUUUCUAGUUUUUUUUUUUAUUCGAAAAACAAACCAUUUCUGCUUCAAAA